AUGAUGGAUCCAUCACUUCGAUCCCAUCGAGUUCAAGCCUGUGACGGUGAGAAAGUUACCCUUCACUGCCCACGAAACACUCACAUAAUCAUCGAAACCGGGUUUUACGGCAGAGUCGUUCCCGAAUCACAAUUAUGCCCUGGAAGAAUUCCAGGUCGAAAAGGCUACGAUGCUACCUGUGAUGUAAUCCAGGCAAAAUCGCGUCUCUCCGAAUUAUGCGAUAAGAAGCGUAAGUGUACCAUAUAUGUUGACACGACCGCGUUUGAAGACGAUCCAUGUCCAACAACAUCAAAAUACCUUCAAAUGAGCUACAAAUGUCGUCCAGUUCUCUUCGAUGGUGAGUCGUUUUGCGAAGGAGCCGAGAUGCACUUGGAAUGUCGUGAAGGGCGACGAUUAGCCAUUUACUCAGCAAACUACGGUCGAAGUGCCCGCACUCAAGCCGCUCAUUGUACUGCUCCUGUUCAUUUCACCAAAGAAUGUACACGUGAUGUUCUUUCGCCACUGUUGUCGAAAUGUCAUGCUCAACCCGGUUGUAGUGUACCGGUAACAGAUGAGAUGUUCGGCUCACCUUGUCCACCAGAUGUGCCAUCAUAUCUCAGUAUCCUCUUCAUGUGCGGUAACGAGACGCAAGCGGCUUCAACUGUCGGCGUUUCUGUGGAUGAUAAAUGGGAGAGACUCACUGAAAAGCAUAUUGAAUCUGAUGCGAAGCCAUCAGCAUCUCAAACGAUUCCGACAAGGCCACAGCCAAUGUUCAACAACGACGCUGGUUAUGUGACAGAAGAUCGCUAUAGUUUUUCUUCGAGUCAAGACAAUAACUUGGAUCUUCAAUCAGAUGAACGAACGGAACAAACGGCACAUGUGGAUAAGAAUCUGAUCGGAAUUGCUCACGACAUCAUGCUUGUCGUCACAUUCAUUAAACAAAACAAGGAAAAAGCGUUAGUGUGUACGAUUCUGUCGGCAUCGUUGGCGUUAAUUCUGUUGUUGAUUGCUUGCAUUCUUCAUCAGUUCUGUGGCGGUCGACGAAAACACAAGCGUGUACCGUACUCUAUUGAACGUAGUCAACUAAUAGCUAAGUGCAAUCCAAGCAGUGGCAACCAAUCCCUCACUCGUUGUGAAUGUUUGUCAUUAUUUUUACAAGUGAUGAAGCGUGAUAACUACGACGACGAAAACGAUGGUGAUGAUGAUGAUGAUGAUGAUGGUGAUGACGACCAUGACAACGACAACGACGACGACGAUUUGAUCCCGCUCCUUAAAUGGUUAUCAAAGAACGCGAUAGAAUGA